AUGAUGGCCACGACUGCCACUACUGCCACGACUGCCACGACUGCCACGACUGCCACGACUGCCACGACUGACACCACUGCCACGACUGCCACGACUGACACCACUGCCACAACUGCUACGUCACGACCAUGUACAGCGUGUUAUCAAUCGCCACAACAGUCUGAUGGUAUUUGUGGGUGUUGUUACUGUUGCUACAAUCCAGUAUUUCAAGGAAACUAUGUCACUGUUGAUGAUGGAGUGAUUGAUGUUGGCCCAUUGUCUGCUGUAGUGUUGCGACGGUCGUCAACGCACUCAUUGAUGUUGGCCUUUGUCGACACAACAGUUGAUUUAGUGGACUAUGACUCAUACCCGUCGUGGGUCGUCACCAUCAUGCACGUUCAGCGACGUCUGUAG